AUGCCUAAUAUGAUACGGAUUAUUCAAUACUUUUACUAUUUUCAUCAGCUUUUUGUAAUUAAAGUAGUUUAAAUAAUUAAUUUGUCGAUUCCGAUGUCACUAUUGCAAUAAGCCCUAAUAUUUAUGCGAUAAAAUCUUAUUAGAUGUUCUAAUUAUCUAUAUCUCCAGAUGCUCAAAUUUAUUAAAAAACUAAUUUAACCUAUUUCAGAUUCAUAUUCUUUUAGAACUGUUAAUGUUUAUAAUAAUUAUUGGAGUUAUUCUUAAUUUGAUUCAAUUUAUUUAUAAUAUAUAUUUCAAGACUAUGGUGGAAUAUUGCUUUAUUAAUGCGAUCUUUUCUAAGAAUUUGAUAAUUAAAUAAUAUAAAUUAAUGAUUAUGAUAAUAACAACCUUUCAAAAUAUCGUCUAAAAUAAUCAAUUUAUAAUCCUUUAGUUUACUGA